UGUAGAUGCAAGUCCUUUUUGGCUCUUACCCAUCUUUGGUAUGAACUCAGCAGGAUGUCAAUGUGCAUGAUAAUCAGUGACAGAAAUAAAUCAUUUCAUGUGCUCUCAAUCCAAGUGUCAUGUAAAAUUGCCAUAUGGCUUAAUGCAAUAUUAGGAGUUUGCCCCUUGCCAAGAACAGGUAAAGAAGCUACAUAGGAGAAGCUAGAUAGGAGCUUAAUCACGUGUUGCCAUGCACUGAUUGAAGGAUAUCACUUUUAUGUACCUAAGAAAGGAUGAUCUCCCUGAGUUUAUAUGCUGCCAGGGGCAGGUGGCUCCCAACCCUUGGUUAUUUCUUGGAUGACUUUCACUUUGAACUAGGUGAAGAAGCUAGAUAGGAGCUUAAUCAUAUGUUUUGCCAUACACUGAUUCAAGGAUAUUACUUUUAUGUACCUAAGAAAGGAUGAUCUCCUUGAGUUUAUAUGCUGCUAUUUGAAAUUUUCAUUUGAACUUUUCUCCCACAAAAUUGUUUACUUGUUAGAUUAAAUUACCUACACUUCAAAAAGGUUAUUUUGCAUUGUACAUUUUCUUGGUUGUACGAGAAAAUAGCUGCUCCAAAAUUUUUCUUUUUGUAUGGCUUGUGUUUAGGAUCAUGGCAGUAGGUUUUCUUUCUCCCACUUCAUCUGUUAAAGGAUGGAUUUCAGGAAGCAUGAUAAGGUAGACCUCCAUUCUCUAAAAGUUGCAGUGUCACUGUUUUCUUGCUUUCAGGCUGGAAAGGGAUACCGGCUCACAUGGUCUUUUGCUUGGGGUUUUACCAUGUCUCCUUUCUGUUGUACUCAUGCCUUUAUGUACUUUUAUAAAUGCUGCCCCAUCACAUUGAAGCUGGAUGUAGGGUCAUUUAAAUCGUGCCAUAGAUGCCUAAUUUUCCAAUCCAAAAUCUUUGCAGUUGAAUGCGGGAAGCAUAACUUGCCAGAAGACAUUUGGGAUGAUAUAGGAUAUCUGUUGGGUGGCCACUUGCCUUGCAAUGCAUAGAGAUGCCAAGACUUUGCUAAUGUCAACAGACUCAUCUAAUCACAAUCUCAUCCUGUGUCUGGAUGAUGGUAAAAGGUAAACCUUAAUCUCCUUACAUUUCUGGUUUUGGGUCCCGCUAUCAUUGAAUGUGAAAAGAUUUUCGAUUGAAGAUUUUGAGUUAGGUCAUGGGAAUUUGUUCAUGGAUUUGUGUCAAUAUAGAUCUCAUCUCCUGUGUCUGGUUACAUGGAAUAGGACACUUGUGUCUGGUUGUGUCUGGUUAUGUCUGGUUAUAUGGAGUAGGACACAUGCUUCUUGUCCCACCAUUAUUCCUUGAUAUUUGUUCAUCUUUUCAUCUUUUUUUCCCAUAUGGCAUGCCUUUGAAUAUUCUAG